AUGUUGGUGAUCUUUGUUGUAUUUUCAUUUUCAUUCGCUCAACAUAUAAUUGUUAGCAAUGCUCAUGAUGCGUCAUACUAUGAUAAUGAUCAAGUGGAAAAAUUCUAUGUGACACACGAAGCAUGGUUUAACAUAUCAAUACGAGAAAACAAAAUAUCAUCUGUACCCAUUAGAACAGAAAGAAUUGUUAUUGCUUUAUUCGGUGACAUUUGUCCUAUGACAGUUACCAAUUUCAUUACAAUAACUAAAGGUCUUCGGCGAGGAUCUGAACAGUAUUUAUAUAAAGGUACACCUUUUCAUCGUAUAGUUCGUGAUUUUGUUAUUCAAACCGGUGAUUUUACACAUGGAGAUGGUACUGGAGGCAAAAGUAUUUAUGGUGAUAAAUUUAUUGAUGAAAAUUUUAUUUUGAGUCAUCGUUCACCUGGCUGGGUAUCGAUGGCCAAUUAUGGAAAAGAUACAAAUGGAUCGCAAUGGUUUAUAACACUUGUACCUGCUCGAUGGUUGGAUGGUCAUCAUGUUGCUUUUGGACGAGUCAUUUCAGGAAUGGAUUUCGUGUAUGAAUUAGGUGAAAUGGAAAUAUUCAAAGGAACAAGUAUUCCAAAGAAAUAUGUUGCUAUUGACGAUUGUGGUUUAAAUGAAAUGACAAAAUAUGAACUUUCAUAUGAACAAUUAGGCUCUUAUACUGAUUUAGUUGCCAGUGCUUAG